GCAGCUGAGGGUUCUGCUGUCAUCACCAAAGUGUGUUUGACCCACCUGUGGGGCCAAACAAAUCCUCAACCUCAGUUUACUUUUCUUUUUUUUUCUCACCUGUUUGGUGUCUACAAAAAACCAACCAUACGAUUUCCCCCGAGCUCCCCUAAUUCCCCUGCCCCCCCAGCGGUCCCCCGCUACCGUCGUCCACCCGACGCGGCCCACCCCCCGUUUUCCGAGCUGGCGUGGCGACGCAAACUCACAAAUAUUUACUUCCUGUACAUUAAAAGGAAAGGGGGCCCCCCUUUCGUGGAAUGCGGCAACAUGGGUGUCUUUGACCGCGGAGUUCAGAUGCUGCUUACCACGGUGGGGGCCUUCGCCGCCUUCAGCCUCAUGACCAUAGCUGUGGGGACAGAUUACUGGCUGUACUCGCGUGGCGUCUGCAAAAUCAAGAGCAACAACGAGAAUGAGACCAGCAAGAAGAACGAGGAGGUAAUGACGCACUCGGGCCUCUGGAGGACCUGCUGCCUGGAAGGUUCUUUUAAAGGUAUGUGUAAACAGAUAGACCACUUCCCCGAGGAUGCCGACUAUGAGGCAGAUGCUUCGGAAUAUUUCCUACGCGCUGUACGAGCCUCCAGUAUCUUCCCCAUCCUGAGUGUGAUCCUGCUCUUCAUGGGGGGGCUUUGCAUCGCCGCUAGCGAAUUCUACAAAUCACGCCACAACAUCAUCCUCAGCGCCGGCAUCCUCUUUGUCUCUGCAGGUCUAAGCAACAUUAUAGGAAUCAUAGUGUACAUAUCAGCCAACGCCGGCGACCCUUCUAAGAGCGACUCCAAGAAGAAUAGCUACUCGUAUGGCUGGUCCUUCUACUUUGGUGCCCUCUCCUUCAUCAUGGCCGAAAUGGUGGGUGUGCUCGCUGUGCACAUGUUCAUCGACCGCCAUAGAGAGCUACGAGUGGGUGCACGAGCCGCCGACUACCUCCAAGGCGCAGCCAUCACACGCAUCCCUAGCUACCGCUACCGCUACCGGCGCCGCUCACGAUCUUCAUCCCGUUCCACAGAUCCCUCGCACUCUCGCGAGGCAUCACCGGUUGGCCUGAAGGCCUUUGGGACGCUGCCAUCCACUGAGCUGUCCAUGUAUACACUGCCCAAGGGUCAAACGGGCACCCCGACAGCUACCUAUAACUCCACAGAGAGGGACCACAACUUCCUACAGGUCCAUAACUGCAUUCAGAAGGACCUGAAAGACUCAAGCGGCCACAGCAACACCGCCAACCGGCGCACUACGCCCGUAUGAAACAGAAAUGGACUACAGACAUUUGCAAAACUUGGAGGGAUGGUGAGGGGAAGCAGCAAAAGACAGAUCAUUUUUUAAGGAGGAAGAAAUAGACAGAUGUGAUAGUACAUGGAUAGAUUAAGGAAAGUGAGGUAAGCAGCAAGGGAAGUUCUGGGCGCUCCACAGCACCUCAGAUAAUCAUUUCUGUUUAAAUUUGAAAAAAAUAAAUGAAAGAAAACUGAGUAAAAAUGUUUAAAAAAAACAACAAAAAAAGAAAGCUGCAUGAUUUUCCCAUAAACCAUUGUUUAAAAAGUUUUAACAAUGUUUGUAAAGAGCUGAGGGGGUAAUAAAUGGGGAGGGGGAUUCAGGGAUGCCUGGGUGUGAUGGGCGGUGCUCGUCUCUAGUCUGUGGAACCGUGGAGAGGUGGGCUGGGCCAGACGGCAUGUUCAAAUGUGAACUUUAUAUUUUCUACUUUUCCUCAGACUGAACAAAAGGGAGCAUAGUUUUUGCUCUUUGGCCCAGCCUAUGAACCUGCCCUUGCACUUCUGUACCGCGAGCCCCCGACAAACAUAGCGCAAACUCCCUGACACCCCAGUUAUUCGUUUAGUUGCUGUAUCUUCUUGAUUUCAUUCUUCAGUCACAUUAAUACUGUGAACCAUUGCGGUGUGGGAUUAAAGCAGGGAGCAAUUCAGGCCGCAAAAAAAAUAAAAAAAAAUAUUGAUAAUAUAUAAAUAUAUAUAUAUACAUAUAUUUCAAAGAAAAAAGAAAAAAGAAAAAAAACACAUAAGUUACAUAUGUAUUGAUUAUAGAUAAACAUAUGAAUAUAUAUGUUAAUAUAUCAUAACUAGACUUUCUGGCGCAAAAAAAAUAUCAAGGGAAAAAAAAGGAAUUACCUUACGAAUAUUUAUUGUAAUAAAACUAAACUGAGUCGUCAUGGAAACGAAACCAAGACGGAUGAUUUAGUUUGACUGGCUCUCUUGACGGCAAAGGCUUCAGCCUACUUGAAAAACUGAUAUUGGUUAGUAUUAAAUACAUAAUCACAUUUUUUUUUUUACCAAAAAUAAAAAGAUUUAAAAAAAUAAAUCUUUUGGCACUCUGUCAAUACCCUGGCAGCCAUCUUUGUUCAACGUCAACUUGCAAAAGUUGAUUUUUUUUUUCUCUUUGACUUUUUUUUCUUUUGUCCCAUAAAGGGGCAAAGUGAAGAGAGAACUGUGGAACUAAGGGAUGAUCUCUCUGCAAACUUGAAGAUGACUGUGGACAAUGAGACAUCACUACUGCCAAAGACAUAAAGUAGUGAGAGAACGUGGCUACCAGCAAGCUGAAGCGAAGUGACUCCAAAAAAAUUAAGGAUUUUCAUGCAUGCUAAUCAAAAUCAUCCGAUCUGCUUUUAAGGAACCUAUGUUUUGAACAAAUGAACAAUUAUACCAUGUAAGGGCAGUGGGAAAAUAUAAAUUAAUGUAACAGUACUGUGUCUCUUCAAAUAUGUUUUUUUUUUCCUUUUAUUUAAGUGUGUAUUUGGGGUGGGGCGUCAUUGCACUUGAAACAAAACAGACUUUGGAAAAUGUAUCAAGGCUAUUUUUUAAACAAGAACAUCUUUUCUUGCCUUUUCAUUUGAUUUUGUUCUCAUAUUUCAUUUGAACUCUCACGCAGCCUUAGUCUAUUUCUUUAUUUCAUUUUUCUUGCUCUUUGGUUUUACAAUGUGUUGUUGUAAAUGAGACUAUUAAAAAAAAGUAUAAUAUCUUUCAAGGUGCCAAAACUGAAUGAUU